AUGAAGCCUUGCCAAUAUCUUCAUUAUAUUCCGUGUCUCGUCUCUGGUGUCCUUUCCCAACAACUAACCUACCAAAACACUACCGGUACACGGCUUCGUGUCGACAAUGGGACAUACGGUCCCCCAGUUGAAGAGGUACACUACUUUUACGACCAGUGGCCCGUUGGAUUUGCUGUAUCUAGCAAGGGCCGCAUCUUUGCGAGCUACUUUCCAGGAAAUUACACAUACACUUUAGGCGAAGUAGUCAAUGCGACAGCUGAGCGGCCAUAUCCUGGCCCUGAGUGGAACGUUCCGCCAAGCGAAAUCAGUGAGGAAUGGGAUGGUAUACUAUUCGGUUCGAACAAUGACACGGGUUUCAUUGCUGUCCAGGCACUGUAUGUAACACCGCAAACGGAUAAUCGGCCUGAGACAUUAUGGGUCUUGGAUGUUGGGAGGCCAACUGUUGGAAAUACAGGGCAGAUGGCAUAUGCCAGGCCUGGUGGGACAAAGCUUGUUGCCAUUAGUCUCGAUAAUAACAUUGUCACUGAUGUGUACACUUUUCCAUCAAGUGUCAACUACCCUGAUGCGUCACUCAAUGAUUUCCGGUUUGAUAUACGAGAAAAUGCGACAGAGGGUGGCCAAGGUAUUGUUUAUUUGAGUGAUGAAUCAGCUGAAUGGCGGAAUGGGAUUGUGGUAUUAGAUCUAGGCACUGGCGAAUCUUGGAGGCACCUGGAUCUCCAUCCUUCUACGCGUGGCACUUAUGGUGUGGUCCCGAGCUAUCAAGGACCAGGAUCUCCAUAUAGUCAUUUCACACAAGGUUGUGAUGGCAUACAACUUGAUCCCACUGGCUCAAUCCUGUAUUUUUCGCCCAUGACCUCUGACUAUCUGUACUCCAUUGAGACCAGAUACCUCAAGGAUCACUCGAGUGCAGUCUCAUCCCAGGCCGCAAACAACAAUGUCAAAAAUCUGGGCCAGCGUGGUGGGAAUGCAAAUGGAUUCGAAGCGGAUUCGAACGGGUUGAUAUAUCAAGGCAUCCCAGAGCACAACGCAGUCUACGUCUAUGACCCUGUGACACUCCGAACAGAAACCUUCAUCAGGGAUCCCAGGAUUAUCUGGCCUGAUUGA